AUGGCGCAGCCCGUGGUGCAACAGCCCGCCUUGUCGCCGCCGCUCUCGCCAUCGGCGCAUACCAUCCCCUCGGUCGUCCCCUCCCCCGUCACGGAGUUCGGCUCCAAGCCUGUGACCUUCCCGCAUCGUCCGCCAGCACCUGCAUCAUCCUCGUCGUCCCAGACCAGCAACAACAACAACAACUCUCGUCCCAACAAAGAAAAUGGCGCAAACAGGUCCCGUCAAUCCAGGUCGCGGCCCACCUCCUCCUCCGGGAAAACACAGUCUCAACACGCCGGGGCGACGUCCCAGAACGGCAAAGCCAACGGUGCAGCUGAUGCUGUCCAUAAAGGCGCCACCAACGGCCACGCCAAUGGUCACAGCCACCACACCCAUUCCAACGGUGUCGACGCCGCCAACGAUCCGUCCAUAGCAAACGCACCCGGUGCCGCCUUGUCCAUCGCCACCAAGCCGCAAGAUCGAGACCCUAGCCUGCUGCGUCAACCACCGCAGUCCAAGGGCUUCGACGGCAUCAGCAGCUACCAGCUCGACCACAACGGUCGCAUCCCCGCCAGCGAGUACAACUACCUCCAGCGCGACAAGCUCGUCGCCAGCGCGCACAGGUCGGCCAUCUCCGCGGGCAACUAUCACUGGCUCGCACUCAUGGAUCUCUCCCACCUCGCCUCCCAGCAUCACCUCAGCCCUUACAGCGUCAUGAAGUUCGGUCCGCGCGGAUCCCCCUUUGCGUACAUCCCCAUCACUUUGCAGCAGCCCGAUGCGGUUCACACCACCAUGAUGCGCCAGCGCGACGAGGAACGCCAGGCGAAAGCGUGGCUCAUCGCAAAGCGUCGCCGCAAAGUCGCGGCCGUGCACAGCGACGACGACGAUCUGCCUGUGCUUCGCCUCCCAGCCGACGUCUUCAAGAAGCCGUCCCAGCCCGUACAAUCUCGCGACGCCAGCACAGCACCUGCCCAGCUUGGAACCAAGCGCCCCGCAUCCUUCACGACACCGCCCGACACGCGUGCAAGGUGUGUAUUACGCACCGACGCCGACACAGACGGAUCCGAGCUCAAACAGGUCGAGCGCGACCUGGGCGAGGCCAUGGCCGAGUCCAUUUCCGCAACGGCCGCGCCCGAGCCCGCCUCGUCAUCGGAGGAGGACGAGGUGGCGCCAGUAUCGCGUUCGGACCAAGUCGACCUCUCGCGCUUCGACCGCUCUACGCGAAUGGCCGAGAAUGGCUCUGCUGCGCCAGAACGCUCAUGCGCCAACGGUGACACUCAGCCCAACGCGCAGCCCAACGCGCAAGGCAACCAAGGUCCGAACAAGGACACAUUGGCCGACGAGCUCAUGACGUCGUCAGAAGCGGGAAGCAGCGUCGAGGUGGGCGGACCCCUGGACAAGGAGCGCGUCAUGGCGCAGGAGAUGGAGAACGUCGACACGACCGCCCCCAAGCCGGGCCAUGUCGACGAGCGCGCACCCGCCGUGACAGACAACAGCUCGCUUGGCCCGCUCGUGCACACGACAGGCAACGGCUCCGGACCUGCGAGCAGCCUAGCCGAGUCGUCAUCGGCCGAGCAGCAGCAGCAGCAGCAACAGCUGCAGAAUCAGCUGGCCAUGAAGACGUCGGACACGCAUCCGAUCCACAUCAGCCCCAUCCUGCCAGACGAGCUGCUGCCCGAAGUCGGACGGCGCAUCCGUGCGCUCGCCGAGCCGCAGCUGCGUGCACUGCGCGCCGACAGCGCCGCCGCGGGUACUGCGGCGACGGAGCGCUACUUUGACGACCACGCGCACGAGCAGGUGCACUGCGGCCGUCUGAUCCGGCUGCAUCACAUGCUCGACCUCGCCGCGGUCACCGCCACCGAUCCGAGCGCCAACUAUCUGUCGCAGUCGCAGCUGGCCGAACAGGCGGCGCGCGAGAACACGCAGGCGCUCAACACGAUCCCCGGCGCCAACGACGAGGGCAGCGUGGGCAACCUGCUGCUCUCGUCGUGUCCGGGCAAGAAGGUGCGGCUGUCUGGGCCGGUGCGUGGGCGCGGGGCGAUCUGCCGCGACCUCGGGCUGGACCUGGCGCGCAUCCACAGCAUCGGCGUGCGCGCGGUGGUGUGCUGCCUCAACGACGAGGAGCUCGAGUACCUCGGUGCGCCGUGGGCCGAGUACGAGCGCGAGGCGGACCGGCUCGGGCUCGACGUCUUCCGGCUGCCCAUGGCGGAGGGAUUCGCGCCCACCAAGGUGGCCGAGAUGGACGCCGCCAUGACGGCCAUUGUGACCGACUGCACGCUGCGCGGCACCAAUGUGCUGGUGCACUGCCGUGGCGGCGUGGGCCGCGCCGGCUUGAUCGCGUGCGCGUGGCUGUUGAAGAUGGGCUUUGUCGCCGACAAGCCGCCGCGCACAUCGUCCAAGGACAAGGCGCAGAAGUUCCUGCCUCAUGCGCACGAGCUGGACGAUAAGCCUCGCAAGCCGCGUGCGUCGGAGGUGGACGAUGCCGACGACGACGCGGAGACGAUUCUCGAGACGGUGCGCUCGCUCAUUGAGACGAUCCGCCGACGCCGCAGUCCCAAGGCAAUCGAGACGGCCGAGCAGGUGCGCUUCCUGGUCGACUACCUCACCUAUCUGCACCGACAGGAACGGCUGCGUGCGCAGGUGGGCCGUUGA